UCAAAUGUAUUCCAAGAAAUUCUUUAUAUCGAGUUCGGGAAGACGUGAACCCAACUCUUGGCCAUGGCGACCUUAAGGAGAGCUCUCCUCCGCCUCCACCAAUCCCUAGUCCUAACUUCACCAAGGUAUCAUCUCGGAUCCAUCUCCCGGUUCUCUUCCAACCGCGGAUCGCUUGACGUGGACCUUUCGGAUGAGGAGAGCAAACGCCGUCUCCAUAACAGAUUGUUAUAUAGGAGCAGGCAAAGGGGAUUCCUGGAGUUGGAUUUGAUUCUGGGGAGCUGGGUGGAGGAGAACAUUCGCUCCCUGGAUGAGCUGCGUAUCAGAGCUCUCAUGGACGUUCUUGACCUGGAAAACCCAGAUUUGUGGAAAUGGCUUACUGGCCAAGAGCAACCACCAGAGGCAGUCCAUAAUAAUCCUGUAUUUACUGCUGUGCAAUCCAGGGUCAUGGGAAAUCUCAACAGCCAUGCUGCUCCAGAGACUCGAGCAAAUCCUGGUCAGCCAUGGGUAAGAGGAUGGGAUGAUAAGAGGGGACAAGAUGGUGGUCCAAAAUAUGGCAAUCAAUGAUGCUAGACUCAUAUGUGGGUACAAAACAUGAGCAGAUUGGAGUGGUUUCUAGGUAAAUCAAUGGUUAGGUAAAACAGUAUAUAAGAUCUACCAUGUACUGCAUCUAUGUUCUGUCUUUCCUAUAAAACUGCCGAUGGAGUAUGAACAUCUUGUAAUAAUUAUUAUCUUUAUCUGUUAAAUAAGCUUGAAUUAUAUUUUACCUUGAGGAAUUUUGCAUU